AAUUCUGUUGUUAUUUUCUAUUAUAUUAUGUUAUAUUCUCAGCUCACCUGUCCUUUCUACCCUCCUACUUUCCUUGAAGCAAUAAAGUUCCUAAAGUAAUGUCUGGAGGAAGAAUGAUGUGUGAUUGAUUAAAGACCGGGUCCAAACUACAAAGGUUGUCCCGCGCGACACCUCCUGGUCGGCGACUGACAAUCACGGGACUGUCAGUCUGUCCCGCGGAGCUUCAACUUUCCGUUCAAACUGAACGUCGGGAAUGUUGCAUUUUUUUCUCUCCAGGAUUUCUUUGGGUAAAAACCAGGUGUGAAUAGCUCUGUAAUGUGAUGAAGCAGAGAGGAAGAGGAGGAGAAGAAGGAUGAAGGUGAAUUCUCACCACCUAACCUCUCUGUCUAAGGGCCCUGCUAGCAGCUUCGACAGAGAGGGGAGACUGAGGGUGGGGCGGGAGACACAGGAGGGACAGGGGAGACCACAGGGCAUGUGUGAGAGAUGGUGUCGUUUGAGAGGAAACCUCCUCUUCAUCAUGAAGAAGCCUCAACAGAGAUCUGCGUUAGAGGAGGUGCUGGUUCUGGAGAGAUGUCAUGUUCUGGAGAGCACAGACAACAACAAUGGACUACUUAUUAGGUUUGACAGUGGAGAGCCAGGUGUGUAUGUAGAGUGUGUGAAUUCAGGUGAGGUGAACUCCUGGCUGGUGGCUCUGAGAGAAGCUAACUCUGAGGGGUUAACCAACCGGAUCAGACACCUCCGAACACAACUGAUGGAUACAGCCGGGAAUAGCGCUGUGAAUUCCGUUGGAAAUGCAGAGACCACUGUAGUUGAUGCUGUGUGUCCUGCUAAACAGUUACCAUUGGAGUUCAGUAUUGACUGUAGCGGUCUGUCUAUAGGACACAAGGAGAAGAGACCCCAUGCGGUGGUGCAGGUGUCAGUCAUCAAUACACAGACACACACCAUCACUGACUACUGCUGUACGGAGAUAGUAGAGAGCACCAGUGACCCAGUGUUUCUGAUUCUGUGUUUAGAGAUCCUGAGACCCUAA